GUAAUCCAGUAGGAUUUUGGGAAAUUGUGUUUAUCCAUUAAUAACCCACAGUUCACGUAAAUGCGUGGAUAUAUUACACUGGAAUACAUCUCCUAGAAGUCAGCGUGUCUCCAGCGUGUUUCGUUGAGUCGAGCUACAGCCUCCUGUGAGGUGUUGGGUUGCUGCUAAUGUAAAUCACUGAUUAAUUAAACGGUAACUGUAGAAUGUUCGCACCUAGCUAAGGUUGUGAUGAACGUCGCCAUUGGACGAGCGGGUACUUGGCUAGAAAGUAGAGAGGUGGAGUUUUAUUGAGGAAAUUUCUUAUUAGGUUGGCGACAGUGUAACUGAUAUCAUGUAUAGUCAUUUGUUGAGUAGAAAAAGCGUAACAUUCACUGUUUCGUUUGUUUUGACACACAGCGCUGAGAAGUGAUACUAGCCGCUCAAACAUUUCUGCUAAAUCUAGCUGGUCGCCCCUGAGUGUGCAGUUACAUAUAAUCACAAAUCAUAUGGUUAGGUAGCAUAGUGGGGGUGGUUUUUUUUUUUAAACAGAUUUAUUUUCCUAAUGGCAAAAGUAGAAUGUACUCCAAAUUGGAAAAAAACAGGGGACACUUCAUCACUACGGAGCAGGAAAACCUGUCUCACAGCAGAAAAGAGCUUCCAAACCCCAGUCACUCCUGUCUCCAAGGACAAAGACAGCCAAACUCCUGGAUGCUUAACAGGAGAUGACACCCAGUCCUCAAAUGGACCAUCUGCUCAGUUUGUAGCCAGAGGAAACAUUGAGUCUCCAAGCAAAGUGCUGCUGAUCCUGGUGACAGGGCUGUCUUUCUCUACACGCCUCUACAAGAUAACAGAGCCCCCUCAUGUGUGCUGGGAUGAAACUCACUUUGGGAAAAUGGGAAGCUACUACAUCAACAGGACCUUCUUCUUCGAUGUCCAUCCUCCUCUUGGGAAGAUGCUGAUAGGCCUGGCUGGUUACAUGACUGGCUAUGAUGGCACCUUUCCUUUCAUAAAGCCAGGAGAUAAAUAUGAAAACCAAAACUACUGGGGGAUGAGAGGAUUUUGUGGCGUGCUGGGCUCCUUCCUCCCAAUCUUUGCCUACCUUAUAGUGCUGGAGCUGUCUCAGUCUCACACUGCUGCUAUCAUCACUGCUACCUUGCUCAUAUUUGACACUGGCUGCAUCACCAUCUCCCAGUACAUCCUGUUAGACCCUAUCCUCAUGUUCUUCAUCAUGGCAGCAGUGCUGAGUAUGGUGAAAUUCAACCAGCAGAGAUACAGGUCCUUCACUGCCUCCUGGUGGCUUUGGUUGGUACUUAUUGGUAUAAACCUCGCUGGGGCUUUGGGGGUGAAGUUUGUGGGUCUGUUUGUCAUCCUCCUGGUGGGAUUGAACACAAUCUGGGACCUAUGGAGACUUCUGGGAGAAAUGAGCCUCUCACUGGUGGACAUUGCAAAGCACUUCCUUGCUCGGGUUUUUGCACUCAUCCUGCUUCCCCUCCUCCUCUAUGUUACCAUAUUUGCAGUCCACUUUGUUGUGCUGAACAAAAGCGGACCCGGAGAUGGUUUCUUCAGUUCUGCCUUUCAGUCUCGUCUAAUUGGGAACAACCUACACAAUGCAUCUAUGCCUGAGUACCUGGCGUUUGGCUCUACCAUUACAAUAAAAAACCUCCGUAUUGCUGGAGGCUAUUUGCACUCUCACUGGCACUUAUACCCAGAAGGAACUGGUGCAAGGCAGCAGCAGGUGACAGCCUACCUCCAUAAGGACUACAACAACUUGUGGGUGGUUCACAGACAACAUGAUAAUGAUUCUCAAUCUGGGAACCCUGAUCUUGUUCGUCAUGGUGAUAUAAUUCGGCUGGAGCAUAAAGAGACAACACGUAACCUUCACAGUCACCUCCAUGUGGCCCCUCUAACCAAGAAGCACUUCCAGGUUACAGGUUAUGGCAUUAAUGGAACAGGGGACGCCAAUGACCUGUGGCAGGUGGAGGUGUGCGCAGGUCGAAAGGGCGACCCAGUAAAGGUGCUGCGCAGCAGAGUUCGCUUUCUGCAUCGAGCUACCGGUUGUGUGCUUUACUCCUCUGGCAAAACUCUCCCAAAGUGGGGCUGGGAGCAGAUAGAGGUGACCUGUAGUCCCUACUUGAAGGAGACCCCAAGCUCUCAGUGGAACAUUGAGGAUCAUAUUAAUCCAAAAUUACCCAACAUUAGUCUGUCUGUGCUGAAGCCUAAUUUUCUGGAAAUCUUACUGGAGUCUCAUAUUGUUAUGUUUAGAGGAAAUAGUGGCUUAAAACCCAAAGACAAUGAGAUGAAUUCAAAGCCUUGGCACUGGCCUAUCAACUACCAGGGCUUGAGGUUUUCAGGAGUGAAUGGGACGGAGUACCGUGUUUACCUGCUGGGAAACCCUGUUGUGUGGUGGAUAAAUCUGAUCAGUUUGGGCUUGUAUCUCACCAUGGUGGCAGUGGCCUCUAUAGCCACCCAGAGAGGUUUUUCAUUGGGCCGGAAAAGAACAGAGCAUUCUCAUGUGCUUAUGAGAGGAGGGGGACUGCUACUCCUCGGUUGGCUCCUCCAUUAUGCACCUUUUUUUAUGAUGGGCCGUGUCCUCUACUUUCACCACUACUUUCCUGCAAUGCUCUUCAGCAGCAUGCUAACAGGAGUAACAUUAGACAUCCUUUUCCAAAGUGCUGACCUCCUCCUCCACCCACCUCAUUCUGAUUGGCUGCAGCGAACUGGGCAGAUGGUGUUUCUGUUUAGUGUUCUUUACAGCUUCUACCUGUUUCAUCCGCUGUCCUAUGGCAUGACGGGUCCACUUGCACACGAGCCGGGAAGCUCCAUGGCUGGUCUGAAAUGGAUGGACUCCUGGGAGUUCUAGUUUGCUUUGACACUGAUGUGAUGAACACCAACUGUUCUGAAUGUGAGGGACUUUAAAUUUAUCUGUGUGUCACAGAGUAAAUAAUUCUUUAAAGGUACUGACUGAAUCUCUACCGACUUAGUAUUUGUGUCACAGCAUUUGCACGUGUUGUAGUCUCUCAUGUAUGAAGAAUGCUUGAUAAGACUGACCUGACUCAAUGCAUGUGAAAGCCAGAUUGUGGAGUGUAUGGAAAUCUAGACUCUGUCCAUCUCUGAGAAGCCUUAACUCACAACACAACUUCUAUCCUGGAUUUAAUGUGUACUGUAUUUCAAAACAAUAAGCUAAAGUGCCUGAAAGGAUAAAAUGAAUCUGAAAGGAAGCUUGGAAGGUUUAAGUGCUACAUGUCCCUGAUUGUCCGUUUUAACAUUUUGUACAUAGUUACAAGCUAGAGACUAUUUUGAUUAGGGAUUGUCUGAUCUUACUUAUGACUUAGUAUUUUGAUACUGUAUUUAGCCUUUAGUGCUGGGUGUUACAGGCUGUUUUACACUGUAUAAGACUAUUACUGACUGUGUACAUUCCAGUGUGAUCAAUAAACAGUGAUAGUGUAUU